AUGACGAUCUCCAUCCAGCAAGCGUACAAGACGUUGGGCUUGGAGCGAGAUGCUACCCAGGACGAAGUAAAGAAAGCGUAUCGAAAGCUGGCACUGCAGUUCCACCCGGACAAGAAUCCGGAUCCAGCAGCCACGGCGAAGUUCCAGCAGCUCUCGGCUGCCUAUAAGCGGGUAGACGACUACUUGAAUCGAGGCUGUAAAGAUUCCUUUCACGAAUUUCUCGGAGACUUCAGCGAAUUGGACGAGGAGGAUUUUGAUUAUGAUGACGCAUUUGGGACACCGUCGAUGGAGGAGAUGCUCUUCAUGUUUGACAUGCUCUUCGGACUUCAGCCACAGGCGACAGGACGCAGCGGUGGCCAUGGUAAACGGAAGAAAGGCAAAGGAGGAGUACGCGUCAAUGUCCGACGCAAAGGCAAGCGUCAAAUGCCGCAUGCGCCUCCAGACUUCCCGUCGUAUAUCGACCAAGAGUUCAUGGAUAUGUUCGCACAAGGCAUGAUGUUCGAUGACGCAGACUCAGAGCUAGGGCGAGUUGAUGUCCAUGACGAGCAUUUUCGGGGCUCAGGCCUGGACUUUGAGUUGAAAGCCCAAAACAAUGAGGAGACGGAGGAAAAAUGCGCCCUGAUGAAGCAGAAUGAAGCUAGAUCUCAACAUGUCGAGCCUGAGAAAGCUCCCGUACCAGCACCUACGAUCGGGAGCAGAGUUUACAUACACGGGAAGCAUGCAGGGGUUGUCAAGUUCACGGGUCAGGUGCACUAUGCAAAGGGUGAAUUUGUAGGCGUCGCUCUGAGCUCACCAGUGGGGAAAAAUGACGGCUCUAUCAAAGGCGUGAGGUACUUUGAGUGCUCUCCUAGUCAUGGGCUCAUGGUGCGCCCCAACGAAGUCAUAUUAGCUGCAUGA